AUGGCUACCGAGCUCACUGUCCAGUCGGAGCGCGCUUACCAGAAGCAGCCUCACAUCUUCCAGAACCACAAGGCCGGCGGUCCCCGCAAGAACACCCGCACCAGGAGAUGGUAUAAGGAUGUCGGUCUGGGUUUCCGUACCCCCAAGACCGCCAUUGAGGGCACCUACAUCGACAAGAAGUGCCCUUUCACCGGCAUGGUCUCCAUCCGUGGCCGUAUCCUCACCGGUACCGUCAUGUCCACCAAGAUGCACCGCACCUUGAUCAUCCGUCGUGAAUACCUCCACUUCAUCCCCAAGUACUCCCGUUACGAGAAGCGCCACAAGAACCUUGCCGCGCACGUUUCACCCGCUUUCCGUGUCGAGCCCGGUGACCAGGUUGUCGUCGGCCAGUGCAGGCCCCUCUCCAAGACUGUCCGCUUCAACGUCCUCCGUGUCCUCCCCCGCAAGGGCCAGGCUGCCAAGCAGUUCUCCAAGUUCUAA